CGGCGCGGCCUCAGGGCGGCGGGAUGGGAUGGGAUGGGAUUCGGCUGGACGGGACCGGUCCAGCCCGGCCUGGCCGCGCUCCUCGAGCGUAGCCGUCCUGGCGCGGUCCUGGGCCUUUCCUGUUGGGGGAACCCUAGUGGAGGCCCCGGUACAGGUACCCCGAGGCACACUUCCUGUCAUGGUGAACGAGAGGCAUAAUGGCAACCUGCUUGUGCACCUGGGACCCAAACUGCAGGCCUACCCAGCGGAGCUGCUCCGGCAGCGGCGAGGUCACGAUGGCCAGCCUGAGUACCUGGUCCAGUGGAGCAUUGUCAGCUGGGAAGAGAGAGCAGCAGGGGGUAGCAGUGCUUCCUCUGCAGAGACCAAGCCAGAGAACAUCUUGAUGUGGAUGUCUGCAGAAGAGGUCUGUGCCAGCUGCCCGGCACUGCUGGGUAAGAGGAAGCUGGAAGGGCAGUGUGUGAAAGAGGAGAAGGCAGCCAUCCCGUUUGCUGCAGAAGUCCCGCUGGAUGAUGCCUCGCUGCUGGAGAUGAAGGCUGAUGUCAGGAGCCUGGUGCAGCGAGCUGGUCGGCAGAUGGCCGAGGCUGGGACCCCCGAGUCCUCCAUCCUCAACACCAUCCAUGUGCUGAGUGCGUACGCCAGCAUUGGCUCGCUGGCGGGUGCCUUCAAGGAGACAGGAGCCCUCGACUUGCUGCUGAAGAUGCUGUGCCACAAGGAGAAGCAAAUUCGUCGCAGUGCUGGCAAGAUGCUGAGGGCUCUGGCUUCGCAUGAUGCAGGGAGCUGGGCCUAUGUCCUGCUGUCCCUGAGCCAGCAGGAUGGCAUUGAGCAGCACAUGGACUUCGACAGUCGCUACACCUUGCUGGAGCUGUUUGCUGAGACAACGUCCUCUGAAGAGCACUGCAUGUCCUUUGAGGGGAUUCACCUUCCCCAGAUCCCUGGGAAGCUGCUGUUCGUCCUGGUGAAGCGCUACCUGUGCGUCACUUCUGUCAUGGACAAGCUUAGCAGUGGCGUGGAGCAGGGAGGGGAGCAGCAGGACUGUGCUGUGCCCAGCCUGCUCACUGAGGAGAGGAGCCGCGUGAAGCAGGAGUUUGAGUUCAGCAUGGCUAUGGCAAACCUCAUCUUGGAGCUGGUGCACGUGAUGGGCUGGGACCACAGCCACAAGUCAGAGCUGCUGGCCCAACAGGAGCUGCGACCCCGCACCGCCCACUCCAUCUUCCAGCACAGGGCCACAUCCUGCACCACUGCUCAAACAGCCCCCACUCCCCCACCAAAAGAGCCCAGCAUCUUCAAGACGCGAUCAGCCUUCCCAAGCCGCAGCAGCUACGUGGAGUAUGUGCAGGCAAACCUGACAUGCGGCAUGAGGGUGCGCAUGCUGGAAGACUAUGAGCAGGUCAGCGCGGGUGACGAGGGUGAAUUCCGCCAGAGCAACGAUGGCACGCCGCCUGUGCAGGUGCACUGGCAAGCCCUGGGUUCUACGUACUGGGUUCACUGGCAUAUGGUGGAGAUCAUUGGCCCUGCAGGGCAAGAGGAUAAUGAGGGCCAGAACAAGUUGUCUACUCUGACACACAACCACAAACUGGCAGCAGUUGCGCAGCCGUUUUUGUGCAAGCCUUUUGGGGGCCUGUACUCCCUGCCUUACCUGGGGAAGCAGCCGACUAAGGCUGCAGAGACCCUGAGCCGUGCCGAGUGGUGGGAGCUGCUCUUCUUUGUGAAGAAGCUGGAAGCACAGGAGCAGAAAGAGAUCACCUGUCUCAUCCAGCAGGAGCAGGGAGAGCAGCUGUCGGAGGUGGGUGAAGAAGCCCUGAUCCAGCUGUCGGUACCUUUGGAGGUGGCCCAGAAGGUGCUGCAGGUCCUGGAGAAGCGGUGCCAGGGCAGUGCUCAGCGUGACCUGCGCAGCUCCCACGUCUACACUAAAUACUUCCUCAGUAGGGGGGCUGAGCAGGAUGGCGGGGGGAGCACGACAGUGUCCUCGGAGGGUGCUGGCUGCAGGAGCACUGGCCCUGAAGCCAUGACAGCCAAGGCAGCAAAGGAAGACCUUUCCACAGCCAGAGUGCUGCCCCAAGCCCCCGCUGUGGCAGCCAAGUCAGAUUCCCAGCUGUUCAGCGAGCUCUUUGAGAGGGAAGGGCUGUUCUUCCCAGAGGUGGCAGAGGAGCAGAUCAAAGUGCUGGGCAGCUCCGAGGGGCUGAGUGAGAGGGACUCCCUGGCCAAGAUUGCAGCCGUGGUGGACGUGAUCCAGAGCAGCAGCUCAGAGGUGGGGCUGCGCUUAGCUGGGCUCAAGCACAUCAUGAAGAUCCUGGAGGAGGAGCCUGAGCCUGAGCAGCAAGUCAGCAGAGCCCUGGGCAGGCUGGGGACCAGGAGUGUUGGGGAGAAGCUGGUGAAGGUGGCAGUGGAGCUGCUGAGCACGGAGGUGGCAGAGAAGGCCCUGGUGGUGGUGACGCUGCGGCUGCUGGCCAUGCUCAUGGCGAAGUACGACUGGCGCAUGCUGUUUGCCACGGAGGGGGGUGUGCGGGCUGUGCUGGCCUGCAUGCAGCAGCACGCUGCCUCCGCCCUGGUGCAGCAGGCUGGCCUGGCGGCCCUGAAGGUGCUGGUGGGAGCUGUGGCUGAUGAGCCAGGAGAUGGCAGUGGGAAGCCCUUGCCCCUGAACCACGCUGACGCGCAGAUGAUGCGGGAGAUCUUUGCCAGCAUUGGCUCUGCCUCCAGCGAGGGCUUGGCCAGCCUGCUGAGCGCCAUCCCUGCUGCCAUGAGCACUCUGCAGAGGGUCCCAGGGGGUUCCUCAGGCGUGCAGAACGGCUUGCUGGUGGUGAACAUGCUGAUCGACAGCCACCGGGGUCUGGCAGAGCAGCUGGCAAGCUGUGAUCUCCCCACGGUACUGCAGAGCUGCUGGUCGGAUGGGCAGAGCACCGGCUGCCCUUAUGCGACGCUGGCGCUCAGUGUGAUCAACCGCAUGGCAGAGCACCAGCUACCUCCAGGCCCGGAGACAGCAGGCAGAGAGUCCCCGCUGGACCUGAGGGACGUGCGGAUGCUUCUGGGCAGCGUAGGGGACGGCAUCUUGUCCAAGGAAGUGGUGGUGGCCCUGGAGCGGCAGCUCUGUGGUGAGGGCCCUGUCCCCUCUGGAGAGGUGGCCCAGCUGCUGCAGGACCACAGGUGCUUCAGGCUGCUGCUGCGCAGCUUCCAGCUGCUGGGGGCAGAGAAGGCCAUGAGCCUGAGCUUCCUCAGGAUCCUGAACAAGUUCUUGGACAGUUACCAGGAGGAUGUGCUGCCCUGGCACGAAUGUGUGGAGCCCUGUUUGUCCUCCCUGAACACCCACAGCAGCGACCAGGAGCAGGUGGUGCGGGAGAUUGUUGGCUUUCUGCACCGCCUGGCCACCACCAGCAAGGACUGUGCGGUGGUGAUGUGCCGUGUGGGCACCCACGAGGCUCUGUCCAAAGCCCUGGAGAAGCGCAGCACGGCUCCGUCGCUGGCGUCAGCCCUGCUCGACCUGGUGAUUGACUGUGAGAAGUAUGCCAGCCUCUACAAGAAGCUGACAACGAGCAUCUUGGCUGGCUGUAUCCAGCUGGUCCUGGGUCUGAUUGAGGAGCACCGCCGGAGCCACCAGCCCAUCAGCAUCCCCUUCUUUGACGUCUUUCUGCACAACCUGUGCCGAGGCUCCAGCGUGGAGGUGAAGGAGGACAAGUGUUGGGAGAAGGUACAGGUCUCCUCCAACCCCCACCGAGCCAGCAAGCUCACAGAUGGGAACCCCAAGACCUACUGGGAGUCGAAUGGCAGCACCGGCUCCCACUUCAUCACUGUCCACAUGCAGUGUGGUGUAGUGAUCAGGGAGAUGAGCAUGCUGGUGGCCAGCGAGGACUCCAGCUACAUGCCGGCCCGUGUCGUGGUGCUGGGGGGAGACAGCCCUGCCACCAUCAGAACGGAGCUCAAUGCGGUGACCGUCCUGCCCUCAGACAGCAGGGUGAUCUUGCUGGAGAACAUGACCCGCUUCUGGCCCGUCAUCCAGAUCCGUGUGAAGCGGUGCCAGCAGGGCGGCAUUGACACACGUGUGCGUGGCAUUGAGGUGCUGGGUCCCAAGCCCACUUUCUGGCCCGUCUUCAAGGAGCAGCUGUGCCGGCGGACGUUCCUCUCCUGCACUGCUCGGGCUCAUGCCUGGUGCCAGGAGAUCUGCCGGGACCGGGGGCGACUACUGGAUCUCUUUGGCAGGCUGAACCAGGCGCUGCGGCAUGAGCAGGACUUCGCCGACCACUUCCUUCCUGACGAUGAGGCGGCGCGGGCCUUGGGCAGGACGUGCUGGGAGGCCCUGGUGAACCCGUUGGUGCAGAGCAUCACCAGCCCAGACCCCCACGGCGUCAGCCCUCUGGCUUGGCUGCUGGGCGAGUACCUGGAGAGUGUGGAGCCGCUGCAGCGCACCAUAAGCCACCGUGCUAUCUUUGGUUCCCGUGUGCGGCGCCUGACCCAGCUCCUAGUGCACGUGGAUCCCAAUGGCCCAGAGCCAGAGGAGGCAAGAGCAGCUGGUGGGAAGGAGGGGAAGAACAAGGAGGUGCCGGCCAGGGCUGCGAAGGAGGUGGUGAAGUCGAGUGGCCUGUGGGGCAUCUCACAGUGCUGGCGUGGCGUGGUGCAGCAGCAGGUGCAGCGGUUCCUGGAGGCAGCAGGGCAGGCGCCGGACCUUGUGGAGCGAUACUGCGGGCUGUACCAGCGCCUGCGUGGUGCCACGGAGGAGCUCUUUGGGCAGCAGGCUGCCUUUGUGCUGGCCCUGGGCCAGGGCUUCGCAGGUGCUUUGCUGCAGCUCUCCUUCCUCACCGCCCUGCACGUGAGCGAGCAGUUUGCCCGCUACCUUGAUGGGCAGAUCCAGGAGCUCCACGGGGCUGUGGGCGGCGCAGGGCCGCUGCAGCGGCUGCAGCAGAUCCUGGAGCCCUUCAUCGUCUUCAGUGGCCUGGAGCUCGCCCACACCUUUGAGCACUUCUACCGGCACUACCUGGGGGACCGUCUCCUGGCACAAGGGCCGUCUUGGCUGGAAGGAGCCAUUGUGGAGCAGAUUGGGCUGUGCUUCCCCAGCCGCUUCCCCCAAGAGAUGCUGAGCAACUUGGCUGAGUCAGAGGAGCUCCAGCAGCAGUUUUACCUCUUCCAGCUGCAGGAGCAGGACAAGCGGCUACUGGAGCUGGACACAGGCCUGGAUGAGGCACUGGGGACAACCUCGGUGGUGGAUAUGCCAGAGGUAAAGGUGCUGGCCCUGUCCCCACGCUGCUGGCCUGUUUCCCCAUCCUGCUACAUGGAUGAACCUGGGAGAUUUUUCUCGGCGGCCCUGAGCUCCCCCCUGGCUGCAUUUGCCGACUUCUGCAGGCGGAGCCAGAGCCAGCUGGGCUGGGAGUGCACGAAGCCCCGGCGGUUGCAGUGGACAUGGCUGGGCCACGCCGAAGUGCAGUUUGGCGACUGCGUCCUCCACGUGUCCACGCUGCAGAUGUAUAUCCUGCUGUGUUUCAACAAUGCCGAGGAGGUGGCUGUGGAGGCCCUGCUGCAGGCUACGGGGCUCCCUGCUGAGCUGGUGCACCACGCACUGACACCGCUGACCCAUGGCGAGGGUGCCCUGCUGCAGAGCUGCACGCUGGGAGCUCCAGGUGUGCUGCGGCUCAACCAGGCAGCCCUGGCCCAUGCCUCUGGCCGCCACCUGAGGCUGCUGCCCCAGCAGAGGUACCUGUGGGCAGAGAGGGCUGAAGUCAGUGCCUUGGAAAGGAAGAGGAAUGUCCUCUGCUGCCUCAUCACCCGCAUCCUUAAGGUGGAGAAGCAGCUGCACAUUGACAACCUGGUGUUCAGGGUGAUUGAUGCCUGCCAGAAGGGUGAAUUGGGUCCAGGGCCGCAAUUCCUGAGCUUCUGCUGCCACAGUGUGGAUGUCCUGUCCUGUGUCCUGCACCUGCUGAACCAGGGCUAUGUCCGGCGCCAGGAUGAGAGGCCUCAUGUCUUGGAAUACAUCUCUGCUGAGCCCACAACACCCCCUUCCUCCCAGGUCCAGUCUCAGGUUGCCUUCCAGACUGUAGAGAUCAAGACAGCAGCAAACCCAGCCUCUGGCGAAAGGAAACAGACUUUUUCUACCUUUAGGUAGACAAGGACAUGGCUGGGCUGGGAGAACACAGGCUGGGUCCAGUCUGUCUCUUCCUGAGUAUUUGUGGGCUUUAUUUUGAAUAAAAAUGAGCCAGGCUCCA